AUGAGGAGGCGGCCUGGGAUCGCUGGCUUGCAGUAUGCGGUGGCUACUCGCAACCAGUUCCGGCUGGUCGGGGAGAAUGUGGCCAAUGUCAGGACCGAUGUCAUGAAGGAGCAGCUUGCGACGUUUCAGCCACAGCUCGAGGAAUUUACUUGCAAGCAUAAGAAAGCAUCCUUCUCUACCGUGGGGUUCAACCUGCCCGACUGGUUCAGGAAUCCAAAGGAUGGUGAUCCUUGUUCCGGGUUGGACGGCAAUGGCGAUGAUGACUUUGUGCUCCCAGCCAAAUCAGACUUCUCAGAAGAACAAGGCUGCUCGGCUACCGGUGCAGGAUCCGGACCACUGUCGAUCCUUUCCAGCUGCCCUGCAUCCCAUGAAGACGCCGAGUUUGAGGCCGACGUGGAUGAGGUCAGCAGGAUUUUGAGAUCCCGGUUUGCUUCUCCAGAGGCAAUUGUGAUCGCCAUGGACUGCUGCCCUGUCAGGGUGUCAGCACGCCUUGUCGACAAGGUCCUGAUCAGGUUCAGCAAUGAUUGGGUGGCCGCAUUUGGGUUCUUCACGUGGGCGGGAACUCAGGCAGGCUACUGUCAUUCUGCCGAUUUAUAUGACAUGAUGGUAGACAUAUUGGGCAAGUUCAAGCAGUUUGAUUUGAUGUGCGGUCUGAUCAGUCAGAUGCAUGAGAUUGGGGGGUUGGUGUCGCUAGCGACCAUGACGAAGGUGAUGAGGAGGCUCUGUGGGGCCAACCGAUGGAGUGACGCCAUUGAUGCUUUCCAUAAAAUGGACCGCUUUGGGGUGGCGAAGGACACAAAGGCCAUGAAUGUGCUCUUGGACACAUUGUGCAAGGAGAGGAGUGUGAAGCGUGCAAGAGGUGCCUUCCAAGCUUUGAAGGGGACAAUUCCUCCCAAUGAGAGUAGCUUCAACACAUUGGUUCAUGGCUGGUGCAAAGCGAGGAUGCUUAAGGAGGCUCGUGAAACGAUGGAGGAGAUGGAGCGACAUGGUUUCAAUCCUUCAGUAAUAACUUACACCAGCCUGAUAGAAGCGUACUGCAUGGAGAAAGAUUUUCAGACGGUUGAUGGUAUCUUGGAUGAGAUGCACACAAAAGGAUGCACUCCAAAUAUUAUCACAUACACAAUUGUGAUGCACACGCUAGGGAAGGCUGGGAGGACACAAGAAGCUCUGGAUACUUUUGGCAAGGUGAAGCAAGAUGGCUGUGCCCUAGAUGCUUCCUUCUACAACUCUCUUAUAUACAUACUCUGCAGAGCUGGGAGGUUGCAAGAUGCAAAUUUUGUGGUCGAAGAAAUGCACCGAACUGGAAUAUCCCCAAACUUGACUACCUUUAAUACCCUGAUUUCUGCUGCCUGUGAUCACUCUCAGGCUGAGAAAGCACUUAAACUGUUGGUUCAGAUGGAAGAACAGUCAUGCAAGCCGGACAUCAAGACGUACACCCCCUUGCUGAAGCUAUGCUGCAGAAGGCAAUGGGUGAAGACGCUUCUGUUCCUGAUAUGCCAUAUGUUCCAGAAGGACAUCACCCCUGAUUUCAGUACAUACACGUUGCUGGAGACCUUUGAUCUUGUGCUGGACAAGCUUAAGAAGAUGGACAUGCUUUCAGCUGUGAGAAAGAUUCAGCUUCUCAGGAUGCAUACAGAAGGUUCCUUAUUAGUAUAUACGAAUUUUGGUGCAGUAAUUCUCACUGUGUAUAUGCUUUUCAGGAUCUUCAGGGACAUCAAUUACUCCCACAUAAUAACAGUGAAGCCUAACAAUGUACUUGAAGCCAUCAUGUGA